CCGGGCUGCCGGGCCGUGCAGGGCGCAGAGCCGGUGGAGCUCUGCUGAGACCCGGCUCUGCGCGCCCAGGGGCGGCUCAUGUCCCCCGCGCUCCCCACUACGCUGCCGCAGCCAGGUCGCAUCUGGACGGGGCGCCGCGCGGCGGGGCCGACGCCGGGCCACAAUGCUGCUCGGGGCAUCCUUGGUGGGGGUGCUGCUGUUCUCCAAGCUGGUGCUGAAACUGCCUUGGAUCCAAGUGGGGUUCUCCCUGCUGUUCCUCUACCUGGGGUCCGGAGGUUGGCGCUUUGUCCGAAUCUUUGUCAAGACCAUAAGGCGUGAUAUCUUCGGCGGCCUGGUACUUCUGAAGGUGAAGGUAAAGGUCCGGCGGUACCUGCGGGAGCAGCGGACAGUGCCCAUUUUGUUUGCGUCUACGGUACAGCGCCACCCUGACAAGACAGCCUUGAUCUUUGAGGGCACAGACACCCGCUGGACCUUCCGCCAGCUGGAUGAUUACUCCAGCAGCGUGGCCAACUUCCUGAAGGCUCGGGGCCUGGCUUCAGGCGACGUGGCUGCUCUCUUCAUGGAGAACCGCAACGAGUUUGUGGGUCUGUGGCUGGGCAUGGCCAAGCUGGGUGUGGAGGCCGCACUCAUCAACACCAACCUCCGGCGGGACGCUCUGCGCCACUGCCUGACCACUUCCCAGGCCCGGGUCCUCGUCUUUGGCAGUGAGAUGGCCCCAGCCAUCUCUGAAAUCCAAGCCAGCCUGGACCCCUCGCUCAGCCUCUUCUGCUCUGGCCCCUGGGAGCCCAGCACGGUGCCCGCCGGCAUGGAGCACCUAGACCCCCUGCUGGAAGAUGCCCCCAAGCACCUGCCCAGUCGCCCUAACAAGGGCUUCACAGAUAAGCUCUUCUACAUCUACACAUCGGGCACCACCGGGCUGCCCAAAGCCGCCAUCGUGGUGCACAGCAGGUAUUACCGCAUGGCUGCCCUAGUGUACUACGGAUUCCGGAUGCGGCCUGACGACAUUGUCUAUGACUGCCUGCCCCUCUACCACUCCGCAGGAAACAUCGUGGGAAUGGGGCAGUGCCUCCUCCAUGGCAUGACAGUGGUGAUCCGGAAGAAAUUCUCAGCCUCCCGGUUCUGGGACGACUGUAUCAAGUACAACUGCACGAUUGUGCAGUACAUCGGUGAGCUGUGCCGUUACCUCCUGAACCAGCCGCCCCGGGAGGCAGAACACCAGCACCGGGUGCGCAUGGCGCUCGGCAACGGCCUCCGCCAGUCCAUCUGGACCGACUUUUCUAGCCGUUUCCAUAUCCCCCAGGUGGCCGAGUUCUACGGGGCCACUGAAUGUAACUGCAGUUUGGGCAAUUUCGACAGCCAGGUGGGGGCCUGUGGCUUCAACAGCCGCAUCCUGUCCUUUGUGUACCCCAUCCGGCUGGUACGAGUCAAUGAGGACACCAUGGAACUGAUCCGGGGGCCCAAUGGCGUCUGCCUUCCCUGCCAGCCAGGUGAGCCGGGCCAGCUAGUGGGCCGCAUCAUCCAGCAGGACCCCCUGCGGCGCUUCGACGGCUACCUGAACCAGGGUGCCAGCAAUAAGAAGAUCGCCAAGGAUGUCUUCCAAAAGGGGGACCAGGCCUACCUCACCGGCGACGUGCUGGUGAUGGACGAGCUGGGCUACCUGUACUUCCGAGACCGCACGGGAGACACGUUCCGCUGGAAAGGGGAGAACGUGUCCACCACUGAGGUGGAGGGCACACUCAGCCGCCUGCUGGACAUGGCCGACGUGGCAGUGUAUGGUGUCGAGGUGCCAGGAACUGAGGGCCGGGCUGGAAUGGCUGCUGUGGCCAGCCCUGCUGGCAACUGUGACCUGGAGCACUUCGCACAGCUCCUGGAGAAGGAGCUGCCCCUGUACGCCCGGCCCAUCUUCCUGCGCUUCCUGCCUGAGCUGCACAAAACGGGGACCUUCAAGUUGCAGAAGACAGAGCUUCGGAAGGAAGGCUUUGACCCAGCAGUUGUGAAAGACCUGCUGUUCUACCUGGAUGCCCGGAAGGGCCGCUACGUCCCGCUGGACCAAGAGGCCUAUACCCGCAUCCAGGCAGGCGAGGAGAAGCUGUGAUUUGCCCCGAGUCCCUCUAAGGGCCAGCGGGUGCUGGAUCCAGAGCCCCAGCUCCCACCCCAGAGGGGUCAUGGGCAGUGCCAGACCAAAGCAGGCAGGGCCCAGCACCUCCGCCCCGAGGUGCUGUGGCCCCCCUCCCCCUCAAAACUGCCAAGUGACUCACUGCCACCUCCCCCUGCCCCCCAGGAGGCUUUCUGUGAAAGCCUCAAGUCCAUAUUCCAUCUUCAAGGCCAGGUGGGGCCUCUGGGCCCCGAGACAGACCAGGCCCCUUAGGAUGAUGUCUUGGGUCAGGGCAGGGGUAGGUGGAGGGUCGCCCAGCACUCCCCAGAGCACAGGGAGCUUGUAAAUGGGACCAGGGCAGAAGCCCCCAGACUCAGGAAGCCAGCAGAGUGGGCAGGGGCUGCAGUGGCUAUUGAUCAGGUGGCCAAAGAGGAGGAUCCUGGCCCCAGAGCUGUUCCAGUGUCACUCAGCACUGCCCGCACCUCCAGGAGGAUCGGAGGAGGACCCCGACCUGCAGCAGGCACCCUGACUGAGUGCCCUCCGCCCCGCCAUCCUCCUCUCCUGGGUGGCAGCCUGGCUGCUCCUCAGGCGGGACCUUUGUCCUUGUGGGUCUGUCCACAUCACUUUCUCCAUCGCAGUCCUGGGCUGGCUAUGAGAGGAGGAGGGGUGGGGGGGGUCGUUCAGGGGCCAAUAAACUGCCUUCA